UGAAAAAAAACUGGUAUGCAUGCGCCACAAUUUGCACUUUGCAGUUUGCAGAUAAAAAUACAAAACUAGCAAAAUGGUUAUUUUUUCACCAUUAUUUGGAUUACGAUCGUUUCGAAAAUUCCCACAGUUCCGUUAUCUCAAUUAUAUUCAAGGUCAGGAACCGGAGCCUAAAAUUAGAGAGUACUUUUACUUCAUUGAUCAUCAGGGUAUGUUAUUUCUCGAUGACGCACGAAUGAAAAACUUUACGUCCUGUUUUAAAGAAAAAAAGUUUCUUGAAUUUUUCUUUAAAAGAAUUCGUAUUAACAAGACUGGAAGAUACGAAAAUGAAUUUCCUUACAUAUCACUUUGUGGAAGAGAGAGGAACUUUAUAAGAUGUGAUGAUGUGCCAAUUGUUUUCACUCACAUAAUAACUAAAGAACCAAAUGGAAAAGAUUUCUUCACUUAUGGCUAUGCUGGAGAACUUUUAAUGAGCCCAUUUAUGCCUGAUAAAAUAUAUAUGCUACCUAAUACAGGGAGAGUUUACCAUCCAGCAGAUGAUAAGUUUGGAGGUAUUGGACUAGUACGAUCCAAAUUGUCUAUUGAGCUUAGUAAACAUUUUGAAUUUCGAAACGGAGAAUCAAAUCCACCAACAAAUUUCAAAUGGAAGGAUACUAAUUAUGACUUAGACCAACAGUGGUUUGAUGAGAAGGUAAAAACUAAUAAUAUAAAAAUAAAAACAAACCCUGAUUAACAUUAAUUAUACCUAUAUUGUUAUUCAUAAGAUUUAUAACUUAAUGUUACAUUGUGUGUACAUGAACUUAUAAAAUAAACAGUAAAAUAAUAUGUGAUAAUUCUAGAUUGUGUAGUAAUUAAAUAAACU